AUGCUUGGAUUCAGAUCGGCAAUAACCAGGUCUGGUAGAAGUGUCAUUUUGAAAAGGUUUGGAUCUGUUUCUACUUCUAUAUCUAUACUCCGUAGUCAGCGCUCUACAUACAGUACCAAAGGUGAAAAUGAAGCUAACAUCAGUGACAUCAUCAAUGAAGCCAGUGAUGCUGAUGAUUUGCCGUGGUAUCUUCGUGAAAAUGCAUCGUCCGCUGUGUCAGAACCUGUAGCUUCACCAAUACCUGAAGUUCCAGCAGGUGCACCGCAAGAAGUUGCUGAUUAUUUGUCCCUCUUGUCUAAGAACUAUGGAUUGGAAGACAUACAAAUUUUCCAUGUCAAUGAGAAAGACCAACAACUCGAGAAUGAUAACGAGGAAAGGAACUCCAGUUAUAACAUUAUUUGCAGUGGUAAGUCAGAUAAGCAUAUAUAUAAGGCCGCCAAUGAAUUCAGAAUGCAUAUCAAGCGGGAAAGCGAAGGCGAUAUCAUUCCUAAGUUGGAAGGGUUUGUGUCUCAUUCCAGCAGAAAUGCAAAUUACAGAAGAAUGAUUAGAAGAGCUAGAAAGGGCCCCAUGGCCACUGACAAUGAUUACGGUAUGGGUGCCAAUAGUUGGAUUAUGUGCGAUGUGGGACAGGGAGUGUACAUACAUAUCCUAACCGUAGACCGUAGAAAGGAACUAGACUUGGAACUGUUAUGGACAGAGGAUCACACAGUAGACAAGGUGGGGGGCGUGAAAGCUGAAAGUUCCCUUAAUUCAGACGAUUUGUUUAUUGGAAUUAAAAGACAGUAUCAUACAAAGACGGCAUUCAAAAGAGGUCUUCAUAGUGAUACUAGCAGUUCAGUUAAAUCAGCAGUUAGUGAAAUAAUGCAAAGUCUGGGAUCGGAUAUUGAGUCUCUAUUGGCUAAAUUUGAGCAAUUAUCAAUGAAUUCAUUAGAAGACUUCCAUUCCAAGUUCGAAUUGUAUAAAAAUAUUCAUCUCCUUUACCCAGAAAUAAUAUCAGUAGAUCAAGUUAUAUCUACGAUUUGGGAAAAAUACAUUUAUUUCUCGCUAGACCAAGAAAUCAAUUUAGACAUGGAACGCAUCAAAGAUUCUAUAAAUGUGAUGAAGUUGAUAAUGGACACUCAUGAAGAGCUUCCUAAAUUCAAUGGAAUUGAGCAAGAUGAACGUCAGUUAGCUGAUAAACAGUUAGACUUUCUCUCCAAGUUUCUUCGUCAGCUCUACACAUUCUCGGGUGAAAAAUUGACAGUUAACUCUAUUACGGUAUCGCCUCAAUUCCUUGUUUUACUUUGGGGAUUUGUUAUUAUAGAUAAGACCAAUUUCAUUGGUCCCCAAGUGGUGAAUAACGUAAUGCAGGGACUCAGCAGUAGCUUUAAUGGAAAUGCUACACACCAUUCAAUUUCGGUGUAUAGAGCAAGAGGAAUACUCGAUCUUAUUGAAUUGAAUCAAAUACCCACAACUCAGGAAUUCGAUGAGUUAGUUUUAUUCACGUUGGGAAAUUCUAACCUUUCCUCGAUGUUCUGGGAACAUUGGGAGAAGACUCAAAUUCUCUAUGUGAAUUCCACUCCUGCUCAAGGUGUAACGAACUGGGUAAGACUAAUUGUUUACCUUUCUCUCCAGGGCAGUGUCAAAUUGCAAACUCAGUUUCUCAACGAAAAGUGGGCACCACUGCUGGGCGGUUUCCUAAAUUUGUUCAGUGAGGUGGGAUCAUUCAGCAGCGAACAAGAGAAGCGAGCCUUCCAAAGUGCCAUAGUCAAGAUAGUAGAAAAUGUCAGAAGAAUUACUCAGGACGAAGCGUACAAAGGAAUCUUGGAGUUUGCCAGGGAUGUCUAA